AUGCUACGGUCAGGAAGCAAGCUGGGCAAGCUGGGAGGCUUCAGGGCUCCGGUGGCCUUGUCGAGACAUGCACAGCAAGGGAGCGGCCUGGGAUUGAAGCUGAAGGACAGGAGAUGGGCGUCUACGUCGACCGUGACGGCGCUGGAGAGCUACCCGGCGGCUGGCGAGAAGCUGCAUGGCUUCGUGGUGCAGCAGAAGAAGCACAUCCCAGAGCUGCAUCUGAGCGCCAUCCACCUGAAGCACGAGAAGACAGACGCAGACUACCUCCAUGUUGCGAGAGACGACAAGAACAAUGUCUUUGGGAUCUCAUUCAAGACAAAUCCUCCAGAUGCCACUGGAGUGCCGCAUAUUCUCGAGCACACCACUCUCUGCGGCAGUGAAAAAUAUCCCGUUCGAGAUCCCUUUUUCAAGAUGUUGCCCCGUUCACUGUCUAAUUUCAUGAACGCCUUCACCUCCUCAGACCACACCACAUACCCCUUUGCUACAACCAACAAAAAGGACUUCCAGAACCUGCUGUCAGUCUAUCUUGAUGCAACGCUGCAUCCGCUGCUCAAGGAGGAGGACUUUCGACAGGAAGGUUGGCGAUUGGGUCCAGAAAACGCCCGGUCUGCCGAACAGAGCCAGGAAGGAUCCUCUGGUGAGCAAGCAAAGGGCGACGAAAUCGUCUUCAAGGGAGUCGUCUACAACGAGAUGAAGGGCCAGAUGUCGGAUGCCAACUAUCUCUACUAUAUCAGGUUCAGGGAGCAGAUAAUCCCUGCACUAAACAACUCGGGUGGUGACCCCCAGCAUAUCCCUAAGCUCACGCAUCAACAGCUGGUCGAUUACUCCAAGUCAAACUACCACCCGAGCAAUGCACGAAUAUUCACCUACGGAGACAUGCCCUUGGCCGACCACCUGGCCCAGGUUGGCGAAGUCCUCAACGGCUUCGAGAAGAAGUCCAGGCCGCUAGACGUCAAGUUGCCUAUCGACCUGAGCUCGGGGCCAACGAAUAUCACGGUAACUGGGCCGAUUGAUACCUUUGCCAGCGAAGACAAGCAGACAAAGACGUCAGUCUCCUGGCACGCGGGGGAUUCCAAAGAUAAUGUCGAGUUGUUUUCAAUGGGAAUCCUAUCAUCGCUACUACUUGAUGGCUACGGCUCUCCGCUGUACCGGGCUCUCAUCGAGAGUGGAAUCGGCUCAUCCUUCACUCCCAACACCGGCCUGGACACAUCUGGGAAAGUGCCCAUUUUCUCUGUUGGAGUGAAUGGAAUCUCAGAAGCAAGCAUCCCAGACGUCCAGAAGAGCAUACAAAAGGUGUUUGAAGAGCAGCUUGCCAAAGGCUUCAACGACGAGAAGGUCCAGGGAAUGCUGCACCAGCUGGAACUCGCACUCCGACACAAGACAGCCAGCUUUGGCAUGGGGAUAAUGGAAAAGGUCAUCUCAUCGUGGUUUAACGGGUCAGAUCCCAUGAAGGACCUGGCCUGGAACGAAGUGAUCAACGAGUUCAAGAAGCGUUACGGAAAGGGAGGCUACUUGGAAGGGCUGAUGCAAAAGUAUUUCAUGAACGACAAGUACAUGGCGUUUACGAUGAACGGGGACCCUACGUACAACAGCUCGCUGGUAGAGCAUGAGGCUGCUCGCAAGGAGACGAUGAUGAAGGAGCUCAGCCAAAGGUACGGCUCGAUGGAGCUCGCCAAAGACCAGCUCAAGAAGGAGGAGCUGGAGUUGCUCAACGUCCAGGAGUCCGCACAGCAAGCUGAUCUAUCCUGCCUACCUACGCUUACGGUCAGCGACAUCCCACGGCAAAAGGAGAAGAAGACGUUAAGCGAGUCGAAGAUUGACGGCAUGGAUGUGGUCUGGCGAGAGGCGCCGACCAACGGGCUGUCGUACAUCCAGGUGCUGAAACCCCUGAACGAGCUUCCGGACCAUCUCAGGCUGCUGCUCCCGCUGUUCAACGACUGCAUCAUGCGUCUGGGCACAGGCAGCCGGCGGAUGGAGCAGUGGGAAGACCUGAUCAAGCUGAAGACGGGCGGAAUCAGCUCGUCCACGUUUUCAGCGUCUUCUCCGCUGGCGCUGGACAAGUUCUCUGAAGGGAUGCAGUUCUCGGGCUUUGCGCUGGACAAGAACAUCCCCGAGAUGCUUUCGAUCCUGACGGCGCUGGUGAACGAGAGCGCCUUUACGGGGCCGGAUGCGCCCAGGAUGAUCGAGGAGCUGCUCAAGUCGAGCUGCAACGGUGCGUUGGACGCAGUGGCUGCAACGGGCCACCGGUAUGCAGUGAACAUGGCGUCGUCCACGCUGUCACGGAAGUUCUGGGCAGAGGAGCAGACGUCCGGCCUCUCUCAGAUCCAGAAGAUGGCCCAAUUGCUUCAGGACGCCCAGAAGUCGCCAGCAAGCCUGCAGGAGCUGAUUGGCCAUUUGCAGACGAUCCAGUCGUUUGCUCUGGGACGAUCAUCGAGCUUGCGAGUCCGGGUUGUCUGCGAGUCUGAGAUGCGCGCAGAGAACGAAGCCGUACUGCAGCGGUGGCUGGCUGGGUUGAAGCCGAGUGCUAGUCAAAUAUCAACAACAACCGCAACAGCUACAGGUUCAGCAGCCUUCCUCAAGCCAUCAUCAGACAAGGUGCUGUAUGACCUGCCCUUCCAGGUGUCGUACUCUGGCCUGGCGAUGGAGACGGCGCCCUACGUGAGCCCGUCGAGUGCGCCCCUGAGCGUGCUGGCGCAGCUGCUGACACACAACUACCUGCACCCCGAGAUACGGGAGAAAGGGGGAGCGUACGGGGCGGGCGCGAGCAGCGGUCCGGUCAGGGGCAUCUUCAGCUUCUCGAGCUACCGGGACCCGAACCCGUUGAACACGCUGCGGGUGUUCAACCAGAGCGGCGAGUAUGCGCGGGACCGGAGCUGGACGCAGCGGGAGCUGGACGAGGCGAAGCUGAGCAUCUUCCAGGGGCUGGAUGCGCCCGUGAGCGUGGAGGAAGAGGGCCACCGGUACUUUAUGAGCGGAGUGACGCACGAGAUGGACCAGGCCUGGCGCGAGCAGGUGCUGGAUGUGAGUGCGCGGGAGGUGAGCGAGGCAGCGCAGAAGUACCUGGUCGACGGCAGCCGGCGGUCCUUCUGCCUGCUGGGCCAGAAGAAGGACGAAUGGGCUGCUGAUCUCGAGGGCUGGGAGGUGAAGAAGCUCUCGAUGGCAGAGUAA